AAUCACUCAAGCUACCGCAACAUGAAGUUCAGUCUAGUUUUAUGCUUACUACCAGCCGUAAUCCUAGCACAAGAUAAGCAGAUUUCACGGGAAGAGGAAACUUGUCGCGAACAGGAGGGUGCGUCCGAUGAGGACGUCGAGAUGCUGCAGUCGUUUAUGACUCCGGAAACACGGACUACCAAGUGUUACUAUAGUUGCGUGAUGCAGAAGAUUGGAUAUUCCGACGGACAGCGCUUCGACAAGGAGGGAUUUUUGAGCACCGCUGUCAAUUUUUCCAGUAAGGAUCGCGAAACUAUGCAGCGUAUUGCGGACCAAUGUGAAGGCACGACUAACGAAGAUCACUGCGAGCUUGCUGCCGAUAUUGCGGAGUGCAUCAUCCCGAGCAGACAGAACUAACCAGGGGAGGUCAGUUUUUGAUAUUGUGAGAAGUUCAAAAUGUGUUAUUGUGAUGUUGGAAUAUUUGUUGUUAUUAUAA